CAACUUCACUCGCUUACUUGCACAUUCACAACGAGCUGUCAAACUAUCCGGAACGGCAACAAGAAAACGCCAAAGUCAUCAUCAUCGUUCGCUGGUUUUGGUUUUGCGUGAGGAUUUGUCUGAAUUUUUGUUGUUUGAACAACCAUAAUCUAGUGGAAGGCUGCCCUAUUGCAUUUUCCUGAAAUAAUUAUGGAUCGUCUUCUUCGACUUGGUGGCGCUAUGCCCGGAUUGACGCAGGCUCCGCCUCCGACGGAUGCCCCGGUUGUCGAUACCGCCGAGCAGGUCUACAUUUCCUCGCUGGCACUGCUGAAGAUGCUUAAACACGGUCGCGCUGGAGUUCCCAUGGAGGUUAUGGGACUGAUGUUGGGUGAAUUCGUGGAUGACUACACGGUUCAGGUCAUUGACGUUUUUGCUAUGCCCCAGACCGGAACGGGUGUUUCUGUAGAAGCUGUCGAUCCGGUGUUCCAGGCAAAGAUGUUGGACAUGUUAAAACAAACCGGACGGCCGGAAAUGGUGGUCGGAUGGUAUCACUCGCAUCCGGGCUUUGGUUGCUGGCUCUCAGGUGUGGAUAUCAACACUCAGCAGUCGUUCGAAGCCCUUUCCGAACGUGCAGUGGCCGUAGUAGUCGAUCCAAUUCAAUCGGUCAAAGGAAAAGUGGUCAUCGAUGCAUUCCGAUUGAUCAACCCGAACAUGUUGGUUCUGGGCCAGGAACCACGACAGACCACUUCCAAUUUGGGUCACUUGCAGAAGCCUUCGGUACAGGCUCUGAUUCAUGGACUGAACCGCCACUACUAUUCAAUCAGCAUUAACUAUAGGAAGAACGAAUUGGAACAGAAAAUGCUCCUGAAUCUGCACAAGAAAUCGUGGAUGGAUGGUUUGACUUUAGCCAACUACCAAGAACACUGCAGCAUCAACGAGAGUACUAUCAGCGAAAUGUUGGAGUUAGCCAAGAACUACAAUAAGGCCCUUGAGGAUGAAGAAAAAAUGACCCCCGAGCAGCUGGCAAUCAAGAACGUCGGCAAGCAGGACCCCAAGAGACAUCUGGAGGAGAAGGUCGAUACACUCAUGUCGAACAACAUCGUACAGUGUUUGGGAGCGAUGCUGGACACGAUUGUCUUUAAGUAAGAUCGGUCGGUAUUUGUGAGAGGAAAUUUGAGGAAUCCCUUAUUGGUCCUCGUUUGAAAACUUACUGUAAUCAUUACGCUCUUUCUGAUCUAGAAGAAAAAAAAACUAUUUUAUAAGUA